AUGACUUCCGCAAAAUCAUGCCCGUCAAGUCUUUUAGAAAACGUAGAGGAACUUCUUAAGUUGCAAGGAGUAGAGUCGCAAAGAGUGGAGUUCAAGAAAGCUUGGCAUAAUCUGAAGGGAACUCCAAGAAGCACUUACUGGCAAGUUAUUCAUACUAUCACUGCCUUUGCCAACGACCUUUAUAAUGUAAACGGUGGAUAUAUCAUUAUCGGUGUGGAAGAGAAAGAAGACUGCGAAUCUCCUGAUAGCGUUCAGGUCAUUUUACCACCGCUCGGUGUCACAGGAAAUCUCGAUAAAAUACAGAAGGAGAUAUCUGGAGCUUGUCGAGAGAACAUCAAACCUGUAAUUAAUCCCAUACUGCAACCUGUGGUCGUCGAUGGAAAAAAAGUUCUUGUUAUCUGGGUCAGACCUUCGGAUAAUAGGCCACACAUGUGCAGAGAAAGUAAGAAGUCAAACGAAUGGAACUAUUACAUAAGAGAGGGCACGGAAACCAGGAAAGCAAGGCCGGAACAGAUAAGCCUACUUCAUCAACACUCUGGGGCUCCUCCAUUUGAUGACAGAAAAGCGCCUAAUACUGAGCGCGGUUCCUUGUUGAAUGAAAACAUGAUAGAUUUGAGUUUGGUACAACAGUAUUUGGAAGCAAUCGAUAGUGCUCUGGUUGGUCAAGAGAUCGAACCGAUUCAUCUCUAUGAAAAACUGCAACUGGUACACCCUGUAACUGAGCAAAUGUUUACACCACGAAAUGUGGCCUUACUUUUCUUUCACCCAAAGCCUCAUGAAUUUUUCACGGGUGCUAGCACUGAAAUUGCUGUAUUCACUCACGACAACGAGGCAAAAGAAGAGGUGCUAAUCACUGGUCCAAUCGACCAACAAAUAAAGAAAUGUUUGCGUUUUAUUCUGGACAUCCCAAAGAAAGAGUCGUGCCAUGCCAUGAUUGCAUAUCCUGAACGAGCUCUUCGUGAAGCCGUUGUUAACGCUUUCCAUCACAGAAGUUAUGAAAGGUGUGUCCCUGAUCGGAUCAAAAUUCACAUUAAGCCAAAGUUCAUUGACAUCAUUAGUUAUCCUGGUCCAGAUCCCAGUCUGAAUCAAGAAGAUUUCUCUGAAGAUGGAGAAGUACCACCUGUCCCAUCCAGGAAUAGGAGGAUAGCAGACUUCUUAAAAUCAUUGAAGCUGGCUGAAGGGAGAUACACUGGUGUCGGCACAAUCUUUCGUUCUAUGAAGGAUAACAACAAUCCCAAACCUAAAUUUGAUUUCAAAGAGUCAUACUUUCGCGUCCGUCUUCCUGGGCACCCCAAAUACAUCGUUCAUUCCGUCAGAAGUAGAGCUGAUAAUCUCUGUGCAAAGGGGAAUAAGGUAGAAGCCGUGAAACUGAUCACAAGAUUCCUCGAGGAAAAUCCAACAAUGCAGUCUGAAACCCUCAUCGUUAAGCUUUUGGACUUGCUCGGGGAUGACAAGCACGAUGCAAAAUAUCAUUGUUAUCGCGAGUAUAUUGAAGAAAGGAGACAACGCCGUAGUCCUCUUAAGGAAGAGCUGCUUAAAUGGAGUGAAGCCGAUGAAACAGACAUACCGGCCGGUGUCAAACUUGUCAAGAGCCUGGUGGAAGAGGGUGCAGGCAUCAGCGACCUUUCUUGUGUUGUUUCUAGGGCGUCUGAACUCUGUCAGAAGAAUACAGAUAAAGAACAAAACUUGGAAGCCUUACAGAAUGCUCACAAGCUCUAUGAGGCUAUGGGUGAGGUUGUACAAACAGAUGCUUCAGUAUCUUUCCAGUUUGCAGACUGUUUGUUAAAUUUGUUCUACUUAAACACUACCAAUGAAGGAUCAGAAAAGGGUAACAGCAUUGAAGAGCGUAAAAAUCUUUUACCACUCUUAGGAAAGGCAGAAGAUUAUGUGAAAACCGCCAUACAGCUGACACGGCUGAAAGAUGACCUUAAGAUGACUAAUGACAGACUAAAGAUGACUGCUUUGCAGCACCGCUUACUUGGCUACAUCCACUUCCAGAGAUGUUCAGUCGAAAAGUCAUUUGAAAAAGAAUACAGAGAUUGCUACGUCAAAGCUCGCUUGUAUAACCCGAAAAUAUUCAUCAAUCCUGACUUUGAUCCAGAGAGCUCUCUUUCACAAAAAAAAUUAUGUACGAGCGCAGACAAAAAGGAAAAGAGCCAUCAGACAUCAGACUCAUCAGAAAAAGUCACCCGUUCGUGGCCAGAAAUGGGAAAUCCUCGCCGCAAAAAGGACGAUUGCCUUGACUUAACGGAAACUUAG